CUCCUCCUCUCUCCCUAUCUCUCUCUCUCUCUCCCUCUCCCUCUCUGUGCUUUAUAGAUGCAUAUAAUCCCUGAGUUGACCCAGAAAGCAAACUCCUCUGACUACCGAGACGACGCAGAGUUUCAAUCCGCCGCAGGGGCUGCAUGUAGCCGGAGCAUCAGCUGGAGAACAACCGGGGCACUGAUCCAACUUCUCCGCACGGAUUCACCGCACAAUUCAGACAUCGGGGGUGACAGAGCAGCCAUGGCUGAACAUAUGAUGAUGCCCAUGACCCACGGCUUCAGGAUGGGCAUGAACGGUCCUCCUCAGCACGGCGGGCAGCCCGGCCUGCGCAGUCUGCCAAACGGCCAGGUGAUGCACUACGGCAGGAACCCUCAGAACAACAUGGAGGCCGCCAUGAGACAGCGGCAGGGCAUGGUGGGACCUGGAGGAAUGGCGGGCCCUGUGAACGGAGCUCCCAUGGCCAACCACCACCACCAGAUGAUGUCUGGGAAUAUGAUGUACAACGGGCAGGGUCCUCCCCAGCAGCAUCAUCACAUGCACCCCCAGCAGCAGCAGCAGGUGCAGCAGCAGCAGCAGCAGCAGCAGGGGGGUCACCCACAGCAGUACCUCCCCGGGAACCUCACCUCUCAGCAGCUCAUGGCCAGCAUGCACCUGCAGAAACUUAACACUCAGUACCACGGACACCCUCUAGCCUCAGCUAAUGGCCACCACAUGCCUAACGGUGCUCAGUACCGGAUGGGUCCGGCCCAGCUGUCAGGCAUGCAGCACAUCGGGGGCCCUUUGGGGCCCAGCGGCAUGGACAUGGAUCUCAUCGAUGAGGAGGUUCUGACGUCGCUUGUGCUGGAGCUUGGGUUGGAUCGCAUUCAGGAGCUGCCUGAGCUCUUCCUGGGACAGAAUGAGUUUGACUUCAUAUCGGACUUUGUGUGCAAACAGCAGCCGAGCACGGUGAGCUGCUGAGCGAGGCAAACUGAAGAUGGUUCGGUUUUGUUUGGACUUGACUGGACUGGACUGGACACCCCAAAGAAUGACUGCGCGGUCACAGUAGCACAGCGAGAGGAGACAAUCUCUCUGUCCUGUUUUGGGUGUUUCUGUGUCUGCGUGUUUGACAGUGUUUAGUACGCCUUCACACUGCAAGCUGAGGGAGAACUGUAUCAAGAGAAAACGCUGCAAAGACACCAGGUUUCUCUCGUUUGAGGCGAUGCCAGUAAGAUCUGUCGUCUUUGGCCAAAUUGAGGCAGCCUGAUGCAGCAGGCUCUGUCUGUACCCAUCUGGCCCUCAGCACAUGUGCCUGCAGUGCCAAGGCUUUGGGGAAAUUGCAAACUUAACAUCGAGGGAACGUCUGAAAAGACUCUCCAUCUGGGUCUGCUACAUUCUAUGGCAUCUCUAAAUGUAUUUUAUCUCUGAUGACACCUUCAAAUAGUAGCAGACGUUUUACAAAUUUAUAAAAGGUAGUCCUUUGAAAUUUGUUCGUACAUGGAUGAAGGGAUUUAGACAGAUUUUUUUAGUGCGCUGAUUGAAGGCUGGCUCUUCAAAAACUGCUACAAAAUAUCACACAUUUCCUUGAGGAGCAGGAGAGGGAAGUUGUGCAGGAUUCCUGGCUGAAGAGAUGGAGUUUUGAUGGAAAUGUGCUUCAUCGAUUCUGUAGCUUUCAGUGUCAUUUACCUGACUCGGAUAAAAUCUGCAAUCAUUAAAUGCAUCACACGAGUUCCCUGCUAAUUAACUGUGGUUCAAUCAUUAGCAAAGUAGCACGUUGCUUAGAGUGUUGUCGAAAACGAAGCAUUUAUCUGUAGAACAUGGCAUUGACAUCCCUUUGCUCAGACAUUUAGCUGCACAUUGCGGCCUGUUGCAAAGACAGACAAACAAACAAAAAGGAGGGUGAAGGUGUAGACGUGAGGUGGGAAUUUUAUUUUUAAAGACAGGGUUGGUAAAACAAACAAAAAAAUGUGUGUCAGAAAAACUGGUGAUAUAUGUGUAUGUCUGUGUGUGGUUGGUGCUGCAAGGCAUCCAACACCCUUAUGGAUAUGGGUAUGUGAUAUGAUAUCAAAGGAAUCCUGAAAUUCUUACAAUAAAUAACCAAAAUGAAACAUGCCCAAUUCAAUCCAACAUCAGGCGGGCCCACAGAAAGAUGACAAUAUUCCAAAAUAUGGCUUGAAGCUAAAAAUUCAACACUGUUAGACAUCUCAUCAUAUGUCAAUGAGACCCUAAAUCAUAGAGUUACAAGGACUUCCUCAGUUUGUGUUUCCAGUGGCUGAAACCAUUGCUCCACUGUGCUGCGGGAGAUUUGAGGCUGCACUGAGGAGAGAGAGAGAGAGAGAGAGAGAGAGAGAGAGAGAGAGAGAGAGAGAGAGGUGGGGAGAGAGAGAGAUUUGGAUGUGUGGACACAAUGUGUGGACACAGCACUCCCCGGCAGCACUUAGUUGAAUCAUUAUUUAAAGCUGCCGCUACCUGUGGAAUUGAUUUCAUUCAGCAGGAGGAGUGAGUAAAGAGCACAAAGCGUGCAAACGUGUUGUCUUUUUUUUUUUUUUUUUUUUUGCCAUAGAUUAGCUUACUCUGCUGCUUUUCUACUGAUUAGAUUCAAAUUACAUGUUCUCACACGCUUGUCUUAAUUGAGGUCGGCUUGCACAUUCUCCAAUGACUCAAUAAUUAUAUAACGGACGUGUUUUUUCGCACGGUUGGUAAUUAGGUUUUUUUUUUGUCAAGGUUGCUGCUUCUCCGCAGCGGGCUGGUUGAGGGACAACUUCCUGCUUUCAUCAGGCUAUUUGUGGAGCUGUCAGAGGGGUCAGGGCUUGCGCUGGUGCACUGUGUUAAUCUGUUCCAAUACCACUGUGCUGCUGCUGCUGCUGCUGUCCCUGUCUCUCUCUCUGGAGAUCUGCCAUCCCCGAGCUGUAGAGUCGGUACAACGGGCAUUGAAACGCCGCGGUACAAAAAAGGGCAGAAUAGUGUCUGAUAGUUACCCUGCUCUGUUUCACUUUUUCCGGCCUGGAGAGACUGCAGCCAGAGCAACUCGACCACCUCACAGUUCAAGUGGGAAUCCUUCUGGCCUUUAAGCGAGACAGCGGCCUCUGAUCACUGCUGUAUCAACGAGCGCAGCCUUCUCGUGUAUCGUAUCUUUGUACUGUAGACUAGAGGUGAAGUUGAUCUAGACACAUUUAAGGUACAUUCAGAAAAAAAAAAAAAACCUUUGUCAGAUGUAAAAUGUAAAUCAGUGGAUGAUUUUUUUUGAUGUGUGGACAAAAACGAUUAUAUCCUACAUUC